CUUUACAGUCUAGGCAGAGCUUUCCGUGUCCGUGAGUCCGUGGGGCUGCGUUUUCUAGUUUUAUUAUUAAUGGAUCGUGUGUGGACAACAAUAAAGCACAUACACCAAACGUUUCUGACUUACUGGAGUAGAAAGAUCUGGAGGACUGACAGCAAAUCGAUGUAGGGUUUGAGCAGAUGUUAGUGUAGCCGUUCUCUGGCCGGAACUGGAAGAACAGCGAGGGAAAGCAUAAAUACAGUAAAGGACGUGAGGUGCACGAAGAAGGAUAAAAGAAGUAAAAAAAGAAAAGAAAAGAAAAACACAAGAAAGUUUAUUGCAGAUGCAUGAUGCAUGGAGAGAGGGGGUGGAUGAGUUAGUCUAAGCCUACAACACACAGUAUUGCACUAGAUCUACCCAUCCAUUGGCAUUAUGUUUAGGAACAGCCUGAAGAUGCUUUUGGGGGGCAAAGCCAACCGGAAGAGUCGUAACAGCAGUGAUGGAGGGAGUGAGGAGGUCAGCGACUUACGGAGUGCCAGCUUAGAUCCCCAUCACAGCUUUGCCGGCCAAGGUAGCAGUAUAGACAGUGAGUGUGCCUUCGAGGGAGACUACGACGUACCUCCACUUUCUAUGGCUGAGGGUCUGCAGCACAUGCGGAUCAUGGAGGGGGUGUCUCGCUCACUCCCUUCCUCGCCUCUCCUCGCUCAUCAGACAGUCAACGUGCGCUUACAGCCAGUGAAGAAGAUCAGCACCGGUUCAGCCACAGCCCCUCUACGGAAGCUUAAGUUUGUGGAGAGCCCUCGAAUACCUGAGUUUGACCUUGGCUACCUUUCACACACCACUUCCGCUGCACUGAAUCCCAACCUGGACACACACUUCCCUGGGGCAGUUGGUGAGGAGCUCGGCCCCCCUCCUUCAGUAGAUGAGGCUGCCAACACGUUGAUGACUCGCCUUGGCUUCCUGCUCGGAGACAAAAUGAGCGAGGGCCCUCCGGAGCUGCACUACAGCAUGGAGGAGGCCGAGGACGCGCAGGGAGUGGGGGUGAGCGGCAGGAUGAGUCCGUGCUCCACUCUGACAAGCAGCACAGCAUCUCCCCCAGCCUGUAGUCCCUGCUCCACUCUUCCGACCGGAGCUCCAGGACAGGCUGUCAGCAGCCCAACCUCCACACUGGAAAGCAGAGACAGUGGCAUCAUCGCCACCCUGACAAGUUACUCGGAGCCUACAGAUCGCAGUGCCAAGCAUGGAGAGGGCACUCGCGCCAGCAGUCUCAAACUUUGGCACUCACAGCGUGCUACGCUUGACUCUGGACUCUACCGCCUUGACGAAAACAUGGCUGCCUCCACCCACAGCCUCAACAAGAUUCCUGAACCCAGCUUCACCCAUCACUCUUCUCAACCCACCCCUCUGUACCUCAUGCCCCGCCCAAACUCCGUGGCAGCCACCAGUUCAGCUCACCUGGAGGACUUGGCCUAUCUGGAUGAACAAAGACAUGCUCCACUCCGGACUUCUCUUCGCAUGGCACGCCAAAACAGCAUGGCCGCCGGACGAGCUGGCCAGGAUCUGAGAGCUUCUGCUAACCACAUUGCCUGGCAGUCCCAGUCACUGCGCUUCGCUCCAUAUAGGCUCCAGGACAUUGCACUGAAGCCACUGCUCUUUGAGGUUCCCAGCAUUACAGUGGACUCUGUGUUUACGGGACGUGAGUGGCUUUUCCAAGAAAUUGAUGCCCAGUUGAGCAGCGCCAACCGUGCAACCAACCGGGGCGUGGUGCUGGCGGGCAACAUUGGCUUUGGCAAGACGGCCAUAAUCUCCCGCCUGGUUGCUCUCAGCUGCCACGGCAAUCGCAUGCGGCAGAUCGCUUCUGACAGCCCACAGGCUUCGCCCAAACAUGGAGACGGACUCCCUCUUACCCAGCAUCAGCCCACCCAUGGAACUUUGGGAGGUGGCAGCUGCCCAGGAACUCCAGAAAUGAGGAGGAGACAAGAGGAGGCUAUGAGGAGACUUGCAUCUCAGGUGGUAGCUUAUCACUAUUGUCAGGCUGACAAUGCCUACACUUGCCUGGUGCCAGAGUUCGUGCACAACGUGGCAGCGUUGCUGUGCCGCUCACCACAGCUUAACACCUACAGAGAGUUGCUACUGCGGGAACCACACAUUCAAAGCAUACUCAGUCUGCGCUCCUGCGUCCAGGAUCCACUCAGUGCUUUCACACGAGGAAUCCUUGAGCCACUUAACACACUUUAUAAAGAGAGAAAGAUGACAAUCGAUGAAGACUUUAUCAUUCUUAUAGAUGGUCUCAAUGAAGCAGAGUUCCACAAACCUGAUUACGGCGACACUAUUGUCUCUUUCCUUUGUAAGACCAUUGACAGGUUCCCGGCCUGGCUCAAGCUAGUGGUGACUGUUCGAACCUCACUGCAGGACAUCACAAAACCGCUGCCUUUCCACCGUAUUUCUUUGGAUGCUCUGGAGGAGAACGAUGCCAUCGACCGGGAUCUACAGGCUUAUGUGCUGCAGCGUGUGCAUGGCAGUGCUGAAAUUCAGAGCAACAUCUCGCUCAAUGGUAAGAUGGAUGGCGCUGGCUUCGCCAAACUCAGCUCGCACCUGAAAGCCCUCAGUCGUGGCUCUUUCCUCUACCUGAAGCUGACCUUUGACCUGAUCGAGCGUGGCUACCUAGUGUUGAAGAGCUCCGGCUACAAGGUGGUGCCUGUGAGUCUGGCCGAAGUUUACCUGCUGCAGCUGAAUAUGCGCUUUCCUACACAGUCUUCAUUUGAGCGAGCACUGCCUCUGCUCAACGUGGCACUGGCGUCUCUGCACCCACUCAACGACGAACAGAUCUACCAAGCGGUCAAUGCCGGCUCCCUCAGGGCCACGCUCGACUGGGAUGAUUUCCGCCAGAGGAUGGAGCAACUGGGGGUGUUCUUGGUGAAGAGGCGUGAUGGUACACGUAUGUUUGUACACCCGUCUUUCCGCGAGUGGCUUAUUUGGAGGGAGGAAGGGGAGAAGACCAAGUUUCUUUGUGAUCCCAGGAAUGGACACACACUGCUGGCCUUCUGGUUUUCCAGACAGACAAACAAACUGAACAGACAGCAGACUAUAGAACUAGGACAUCAUAUACUCAAAGCACAUAUAUUCAAAGGGCUGAGUAAGAAGGUUGGGGUCUCCUCAUCCAUUUUGCAGGGCCUUUGGGUGUCUUACAGCACUGAGAGUUUAUCCACUGCUUUAUCUUCCCUGAGAAAUCUGUACACCCCAAACAUUAAGGUGUCCCGUCUGCUAAUGAUGGGAGGGGCAAAUGUUAAUUACCGGACAGAGGUGUUAAACAACGCGCCAGUGCUGUGUGUGCAUGCUCACUUGGGCUACAUGGACAUGGUCAACCUGUUGCUUGAGUUUGGGGCUAACGUGGACUCAAUAUCUGAAAGCGGCAUGACAGCACUUAGUUACGCUGCCACUGCAGGCCAUUUGAACAUCGUCACUGCCCUCUGCAAGAGAAGGGCUAAGCUCAACCAGCUGGACAGGAACGGCCAGUGCGCUCUGGUACAUGCAGCUCUAAGGGGCCAAAUGGAGGUGGUUAAGUUCCUGCUGCACAGUGACUGGGGAGGUGAGGGGGCGAAGACCACACAGCUCCAAACUCCCUCUCCUACAAAGCCAAGUGACUCCCCACAGCUGUCCAGCCCAGAGCAGCAGGAGAAAGAGCAGGAGCAAGGGGAUGACGAGUCUCCACAAGAAAAGGAAAGAGAGACAGAGCUCCCUGCUCAGCAGCAGGAGACAAAGGAGGAGAAAAAACAGAAGGAAGUUCAGUCUCAGGAGCAGCAUGAAGCCUUCAGAAAAAGUCAUGCAAUACAACAAGCUCUGGUAGCAGCAGCUAGUAUGGGACACAUAGAGAUCGUGUCCUACCUGCUGGAUCUUCCUGACACAGAAAAAGACGCUACCCAAUAUGCUCAGAUGAACAACUAUGACACUUUGUGGGGCGAAACCGCGCUGACGGCAGCAGCAGGCCGAGGAAAGCUAGACGUUUGCCGGAUGUUGCUGGAGCAAGGCUCUGCAGCAGCUCAGCCAAACCGGAGAGGAGUCGUACCUCUCUUCAGCUCUGUAAGCCAUGGACACUGGCAGAUUGUGGACUUGCUGCUCACUCACGGAGCAGACGUAAACAUGGUUGAUAAACAAGGACGGACUCCGCUAAUGAUGGCCGCUUCCGAGGGCCACAUAGAAACAGUGGAGUACCUUCUGGCUCAAGGUGCUUCCAUGCCCAUAACAGAUAAAGAAGGACUUACGGCACUAAGCUGGGCAUGUCUAAAGGGACAUUUGCCUGUAGUCCGAUGUCUGGUGGAACGGGGUGCGGCUACUGAUCAUGCAGAUAAGAACGGACGCACACCCCUUGACCUGGCUGCCUUUUAUGGAGAUGCAGAAGUUGUUCAAUUUCUUGUUGAUCAGGGUGCUUUGAUUGAGCACGUGGACUAUAGUGGGAUGCGUCCACUGGACCGGGCUGUGGGCUGCCGCAACACAUCGGUGGUGAUGGCUCUCCUCAAGAAAGGAGCUAAGAUCGGUCCAGCCACAUGGGCAAUGGCAACCUCAAAACCAGACAUCAUGAUGAUCCUGCUCAGGAAACUUAUCGAGGAAGGGGACGGCUUCUACAAGAAAGGCAAAGUGAAGGAAGCAGCACAGCGUUAUCAAUAUGCCUUAAAGAAGUUUCCCCGUGAAGGAUUUAGUGAAGAUCUGAAGGCCUUUCGAGAGCUCAAAGUCUCGCUUUUUCUUAACCUCUCCCGCUGUCGCAGGAAAAUGAAUGACUUUGGAAUGGCAGAAGAGUUCGCUACCAAAGCUCUAGAGCUAAAACCCAAAUCUCAUGAGGCAUACUAUGCUAGGGCCCGAGCUAAACGCAGCAGCAGGCAGUUUUCUGAGGCUCUGGAGGACCUUAGAGAAGCCAUAAAACUGUGUCCUAACAAUCGUGAGAUUGUGCGCCUCUUGCAGCGUGUGGAGGAAGAGUGCAGGCGAGUCACCCAAACAGAGGAGCCUGAGCUUGAGCCGCCACCAUCCCCACCUCCAUCCCCUUUACCUGUGGAAGAAGAAGAAGAGCCACCGCAUCAUACUCCACCCCCAGAACCCCGACUGGAUGAUAUGGAACCUGUGCAAGAUCUUUUCGAAGAUGAUGACUUUUUGGAACAGGAACUGGAGGGCAUGUCCAUUGGCCUUCCCCCUGAAUGCAUGAAUCCAUCCAGCCUCCAAAUUAUCCACAGCCCACCUCUAUCUCCUGUUGCUCUAACAGGAGGCCAAGCCUUUGAGUUCCACCCAAGCUCCUCUUCAAUGUCAUCUCCAACUCGCCAAAGCUACCAAUCAACCUCACCUUGUGUCUCUCCUACGCAUCAGAAUUCUCAUUAUCGACAUAGUCCCCCACACACUUCUCCUGCCCAUCAAGCUUCCUACCGCUUUAGCCCUCCACCUAUGGGCAGUGGAGGUCAGGGGAUGGAUUAUCAGAGUCCUCCACCUUCCCCUCUUCGUCGCACAGCACCAUACAGAUCCAGCCCCCCCUUGGAGAGUGUGUGUCUCUACCGGUCCCAGUCAGGAUCUCCAGUCCGCUACCAGCAGGAACCUUUGCCUAGUCGCCCUAAAUCACCUCUAUCCAAGAUGACCAGUCAACGCUCCUUUCAGCUCCAGUCACAGCAGUCUCAGUGCUCCCAGUCCUCCCAGCACCACCAAGCCCAGGGCCUCCGAUUGCAGCCCUCUGUGGCUCAGAUUGUACGCACCAACCAGCCCGGGAGUGGCAUCUAUGGCCAACUUGCCCACCCACUCAGCAGCAGGUACCAGGGCAGUUCCAUGGACAUAGACCGAGAAAGAGAGCGGGAGGCCCGUCUUGUAUACCAGCCCUCAUUGGAUGGAAGGUCCAUGUCUCAGGUACAGUCCAGUCUGAAUGUGGGUGCUCUAUGCCAGCACGGAGGACGAGGUGGGUCUGGAGGAGUACUCGAAUCUGGAGUGGGAAAAGAUGAAGUGCCUCAGCGCCCUGCCUCAGCCUACCGCUCUGCAACCGGAGGUCCGGGAGGAAUGCGCUUUAGUCAGACACCUCAAAUCAGCCGCAGCCAGUCUGCUGCAUACUACCCUGUCUCUAAGCAUGAGUUGGAGAGAGCUGCAGCAGCAUCCUCCAUGUCCCCAUGUCAGUUAGGCUCACCUGAGAUCCCACAUCUGGUGCGUCGGCCCAUCAGUGCAAACACGGGUGAUCUGAAACCGCACAUGUCCACCCCUAGACCCCUAAUCCACUCUCAGAGUGUGGGUUUGCGCUUCUCACCAUCCAGCAGCAAUAUCUCCUCAGGCUCUGGUCCCAAUCUAGCCUCUGGUUUUAGGCCUUCGUCCUCCAUGGCCCAGAUGGAGAUCCCCCUACAGGUGGCAUACGAACGCAGCUUCGAUGAGCCAUCUUCACUCUCACCCUCACAAAGCGGCCUGUAUCCCAGCGAGCCAGCCCGCUCCAGGACAACGCCCUUCAUGGGCGUCAUCGACAAGACCGCACGGACUCAGCAGCAGUACUUGCACCAGCCUUCUCGCGCAUGGCCAGUCUCAUCUCUGGACAAUGUUAUCACCAGCCCUACAUCACCAGGGAACCUGAUUCACCAGGCAUCUACAGCCUCCUCCUACAGCCCACCCACCUCGUUAGGUAACAUUGCCUACUACAACAAGACCAACAAUGCCCAAAAUGGGCACAUGCUGGAGGAUGAGUACUAUAGCCAGCCACAGCCCUCAUCUCUGGGCAAGUUGGCAAAUGGAGGGGCCCGUGACAGGGAUCUCCUGGAGCGGGUGAGUCAGGUGCCCACAUACCAGGAUGUGAAGGUGGCACGGACAAUGCCCGUGUCGCAGGCGUACCAGGAAAAUAUGUACCGCCAGCUCUCUCGUGAUACCAGGCAAGGCCCCACCUCACCCAUUAAACCAAAGAGACCCUUUGUGGAAUCAAAUGUGUAACAAGGCCAGUAUAGUGUAAUGGAUGUGUGCUAAAGGAGUGAGUGUUUGUUUAAAUGUGGUGGUGGUUCAAUGAAAAAUAUUGAAAAAUAACUAGAAAAUAUGACCUUUUUUUGAAACUCUACUAAUCCAGGGAGGGUAAUGUUGAUAAAUUGCAACUUGAUGAAAGAAACUGCUAAUGCCUUGAUCUGUGCCUGCUUCUGGUAUACUUGAGGCAUAAGCUUUAACGCUAGAGCAAAAGACUUGAGGCACUUGGACUUCGAAUUCCAUGAAUAUGAUACUACUGAAUGUUCUUUAAAGCUCUGCACAUUAUGUGAAAGCACAUUUCUGAACCUUCCCUGAAUUGAAGCAACAAACAUGCAUAUGCACACACGCACACACAAACACACACGCACACACAAACACACAUGCACACACACAAACACACACAGCUUGACAAACAGUGUGUGUCUUGCCGUUAUUAUCCCACAUGAGUGUGAGUGAGCAUCGUGAACAACAACGUGUGAGUCACAAACUGUUCAUGAAUUUAAAUGCUUAAAUCAUUUCCUCUCUCUAGUAGGCGAUUCUAAACAGGACUCCUAAGCCUUCCAGAGUAUAUAACGUUGGAUUAUUCGAUGCUGUUUAAGAAAAAAAGAAAAAAAAAAGCUGUAGUUGCAGAAUGAACACAAAGGAAUAUUUAUACCUGAGUUCGAUAAUGUACAAAUCAAAGCAUAAACCUAGUUUCUGUGUUCGUUUUAUUUUAAGUUAUCUUUAUUUUUGUAUCUUUUUUGUCAGGAGAACAUAUUUUCGACAAAAUAAAACGCAGAUUCAAAGUUUAUGGAUUUAGAGAGGGGAAUGUACAAACUUUUAGAACACUGUUGUUCAAAAGCUUACAUGAGCUUUAUCCUCGUUCUUCAAUAGCCUCAUUUGCAUACAUAUAAAUGACUAUCAUAUAUAGAAAUGACCUGAAUGGAGAAUACAUUAGAACUGUAACGUAGACUAAAUCCGUGGUCAAGUGAUCAUGAGUUCAUUUUGUUUUUAUUGCAGUUACUGAAAAGGCUGAAAAACCGUCUUGCACCUUUUUUAAUCAACUGACGCAUUUAUAUAAAUUAGAUCUCUCUCUCUGUCCUCAAAGUUUGUACAUGUACUUCUUCAUAUAUAAAAGGAUGUUUCAGGGGUGUUGAAUAAUUGACGGUAGUUCCUUUUUUUUUUUUUUUUGAAACAGUUUGAACAGUUACAGUAUUGUUCUAAAAUAUAAAAAGCAUUAGUAUAUUUAGCUAUAGUAUCUUUGUUUUAACAUUUCAGUGACGAUAUUUGUUUUUUUUUCGCUGCACUGUAUGCCCAUGAAAGCUCUGAAGAAAAAAAAAGCACUUUAUUAAUUUUAUUCUGACGAUGGGAACUCAUACAGUAAGGCAUGGGAAAUGGUUCAUUUGGAUUUCAAAGCUACUAACAAACUUAGAGUGAACACUGGACUAUUAUUUGUGAAUUAAUUGUCCUACUAGAAAAUCGAAAUAGCAGUCCUUGUUAUUGGUGCAAUCUGUUUUCUUUUUCUUUUACAAAGCUAAAGACUAAGCAGUAAAAAGAGUGAAACAUAUGUUUUUAAAAAGCUAUGAAAACAUGUAUAUAAUAGCCUUUAUAGAGCGCACUGUAUGUGCUGUAUAUACUGGCCAAAUGUGUUUAUGCGUAACCAAUUCAUAACUAUUUCUCUAUAGCGAAUUCUUCACUUGUUGCAGGGUUAUGGCUAACGGCUACGAGACAAAGGAACAACAGGGUCCAGUAUGUCGAGAUGAAUAAAUAAAGCAAAUAUCAAGCAUGGGGAACAGAAAGACAGGUGUCCAAGGUUUGGUAGCAUUCGGAAACCAGAAGAUUUUUACUAUGAAAUCCGAAACUCUAAGAACAGUUGAAGACAAGUUUUCAUUAACGCUCUUUGCAGUAGAAUGCAAUAUAGCCAGCGUGCAGUGUUUAAACUGUCUAUGUGACACAUUCUCCAUAGUGGACUCAGACAGCCUCUGUCUUGAGUAAGCCUAAGCAUUUCAAAUAUUUAUGCCCAUAACCCUUCACCACUUCUCAUGCAGGACUAAUUGAUAAAGCUCAAGAAGCCAAAACGAUUCAUCAAAUAAAAGGGCAACAAAGGACUACUAAGGUCUGUUUCUAUAGGAAGGAAUAGUUUAAUCAGUGUAGAUUCUUUUGCUGUAAAUACAGAUGCAUGUUCAAGAUCCUCAGCCACCCCUUGUGUGCACACGCUGAAGUGUACCUGAUGUAUAUCUCAAAUGAAGCUGGUGCCCAAAUACUUCAUUCAAUCUUUCAUUUUAUCCAAUCAUUAAUUAGCGAACACACUACUGACCUCUUAGGAGUUGAACUGGGCUUUUUUUUUGUUAGUUUAAAUUGCAUUUAAGUUCGUAUUACUGUACUUGCUUGCCGCGCUGAGUUCUCUUGUCUGUAAAUGUGAGCUUUCAGAGCGCUGUGACAAAGUUCUAUGACUACAAUAAAACAGAAUGUGUUUUUAUCA